CAACAAUCGGUGCGCAUUGACAUAUCCACCGCACAUAGGAACAACAACAACAACCAGCAGCCACUGACACCCAAACAAAACAACCCCCACUUCCUCUGUUGUUGUGUGCGUCCUUCCUCCCAUCCAUCCAUCCAUCCAUCCAUCCAUCCACCCACCCAGCCAACAACACGAGGACACGAGAGCGAGCAGCAGCAUCGAACAUCGUGUCCUGCGAUUGACUGCCGUCGCUCGGCGAGUACCAGCAUCAUGUCGAUGAGAGAUCACAGCGGCAAGCAAUAUGUCGCUGAGCACAAGAUUCCGCAGCUCUUCGAGAGCUUGAUGGCAGGUCUCAUGUACCACCAGCCAGAGGAUCCCAUCAGGUUCCUUGCAGAAUGCAUGGCAAAAGUGCAAGAGAACCCACCAACCACGUACGCGUGGAACAUGUUUGUCGGCAAGCGGCGCACGCGCAAAGCCCCCUCCCGUGUGCAGACUGGCCACCACCGUAAGCCUCCGGCAAAGGCUGGCAUGCCCCUGGCCCCGCUCACCCCUUCCAAGGGCAAACCCUUAACGCCGGCCCACGCCGAGGGCAAGGCACGCACGCCGCUCCCUCCCAUCGGCAAAUCGCCAACGCCUGUUGAUGAGGACAAGAUCUCCGAGACAAUCCGCAGCAUCCGCAAAGACCACCCGGAGAACCGCAUGGCCAAGCACAUCAACCUGGACUACUUGUUCAGCCUUGCACAGGAAACCAAAGACCUGCUCCAGUGCAUUCGCAGCGGUCUCGAGAACCCAGACUCUUCCAUGGGCUGCUACGCCAUGCAGCCCGCGGACUACGACCGGUUCAAGCCGUUCUUCAGCAAGGUGAUUGCGGACUACCACGGCGUUGCCGAGGAUGCCAAGCACGUGAACAGCUGGGACCUGUCUGGGGUUGAAGGCCUUCCAGCUCGACCUUGCGGCACUUGGGCUGCCAGCCCUGAGCAUGCGCGUGCGCGUUGGACGCAACCACGCAACCUUGCUGACUUCCCACUGCCAGGCGCCAUGACGCAGGAGGACCGCGUCAGCCUUGUGUAUGCGUGUAUGUGCGAGGCGUUUGAGAAGCUCAAGGCAAUGCCCGAGUACGGGGGCGGGUACAACUCGCUGACGCCCGGGCACCCGGACAAGAUCAGCGACGAGGAGUACAAGCAGCUGGUGGCGGACCACAUCAUGUUCAAGGACAUGGCGGCAGACCCGUACCUGGCGAGCGCGGGCAUUGCGUCUGACUGGCCGUACGGGCGCGGGUGCUACGUGUCUGAGGACCGCGGGUUUGUGAUCUGGGUUGGCGAGGAGGACCACCUGCGCAUCAUGUGCAUGAAGAAGGGCACGGUGCUGAACGACGUGUUUGACCGGCUCAAGACGGCGCUUGAUGUUGUGAGCGGGAUUGAGGGCCUGUCGUUUGCCAUGUCGCCAGACUACGGCGUUGUGACGAGCUGCCCGACGAACCUGGGCACGGGGAUGCGCGCGAGCGUGCACAUUGGGCUUCCGAAGCUGACGGCUGACGGGACAGAUGCCAAGGCGAAGGAGGUGUGCAAGCCGCUUGGGCUGAGCGUGCGCGGGAUUGGCGGAGAGCACACGCCGAUUGGCGAGGGCGGUGUGUGCGACAUCUCGCCACGCGCGCGCUUCUGCAUCACGGAGGCGGAGAUCAUCUGCGCGCUGUACAAGGGCAUCAAGCUGCUCAAGGAGAAGGAGGACGCGGCCAGCGAAGAGCGACGAGGGUGUUUUCUCGUUGGCUUUGCUGUUGGCACAGUGGCAAAACACCUCAAGCCAGCCAGCAGCACCACCUGGCCAACAGCGCUCAGCCUCACCUGCAUCUGAUUUGGUGGCAUCUUGGUGGGUGCUUCGCUCGUUGCGCGAUUCCUAACAGCGACACCUCACACGACCACACCGCGGCAUCUCACAACAGUACUUUGUCAUCCAACCCCCCGCCCUAUCUCCAGCUUUUUUGGACGGA